CGUUCCACAACACUGGUCGACGCUAGGAAGAAGAAGAAAACAAUUUGCCACAGUCACAAUUUAAUUUCUUUAGUUUUUUGGGUUUUUAUUAAAAUUUAGAGCACGCACCGAAUCAAAACGGCGAUAAGUGGCAGCCGAACUGAGUUUUCAAUCCGAGGAUAAACGUCAAUUAGGGGUUUUGCUGAUGCAACCCAAGCAUUCAGCAGGGCAACAACAAGACACACACUAAAUACAAAUUUUCAGUUCUUUGCCAGAUGUUCAUACGUCGCCUCGCCAUCAACCGAAACCGAAUUUCCACUCGCAACCGAUUCUUCCAGGCAUCCAACUGAACUCCACCAUGGACGUAUCCGCCUCCACGUCGUUCGAAUCCUCGCCGGAUAAGCGGAGCAGCACCUACGUGGGCGACAAUACUUUAUAUGACAGUGCCCUGGACCACCAGCUGUCCACCACGGCCUACAAGUCCUGUAAUGAGAGCCUUAUCAGCGAACUGAGCCAAACUCCCUUGACCUCGGCCAACAAAACAGGCGGUGCGGAAUUUGGCAAUGAAUCGGCCGUCUUCAAGGCCUUUGGAUCCCCGGCGCCGGCAGCUUUCAACAGUCCUACGCCAGCUCUCAAUGCCAGCAUGCUGCUGAUUCAAUCCGAGAGCACUGACACAAAUACCUCGCAGGAGGAGGUGGACCCCAAGUCGCAGCUGGCCAACAAGACAAUAUUCAAGACGGAUAAUCCCAACCUGUCAAUUAUAGAGAUUAACGAUAACUCGAUUAAGGAGGAGGACCUCGAGAAGGUGGUGCUGGUGGAGGGGGACAGCGUGAUGAACCUCCUGAAGAAGUCGCCCAGCAAAGACACUGCUGCGAAUGCAGAUAAGAGACGCCGCAAGGAAUCGCUGCUGCAGACGAGCAAGCAAAAGCUGGACAUCUCCAUUGCCGAGGCCUCGGCUGCUGCUGAUGGCGAUGGCGAUAAGCGGGAUCUGGUGCCGGUCAUCGAUCAGCCGCCGCAAACCAAGCGCGAAAUCACAAUCUACGAUACCAUUGAAGAGUUCGAACAGAAUCUGCCCUCGACUGUGACGUUGCUGAACACGCCCUUUGGCAGCAAGGUCUAUCUCGUGGGCACGGCCCACUUUAGUGAGGAGUCGCAGGAUGACGUCUCAUAUGUCAUACGCAAUGUCCGUCCAGAUGUGGUCAUGGUUGAGCUGUGUCCCUCGCGUAUACACAUCCUGAAGCUCGAUGAAAAGACGCUGCUGGAAGAGGCCAAGAGCAUCAAUAUUCCCAAGAUACGCGGAAUCCUGCACACUCAUGGCUACAUCAACGGCAUAUUUUUCAUCCUGCUGCUGCAGAUGAGCGCUCAGAUCGCCAAAGACCUGGGAAUGGCUCCGGGCGGAGAGUUCCGGCGUGCCUUCGAGGAGAUCCACAAGCUGCCCGGCUGCAUUCUGCACCUGGGCGAUCGGCCCAUCCGCAUCACACUAUACCGCGCACUGCGUGCCCUGUCCCUGUGGCAGACCAUGAAGCUGGUCUGGCGCCUGACCUUCACGGACAGCAUCAGCAUCGAGGAGGUGGAGGAGUGCAAGCAAAGCGAUCUGCUGGAGAAGCUGAUGCAGGAGAUGGCCGGCGAGUUUCCGGCGUUCUCUGAUGUUUUCGUGCGCGAGCGCGACCUCUUCCUGUGCCACUCGCUGCAGCUGGCUGCACUGCCCCAGGCGGCGCCCGGUGCCCAGCAGAUCCGUCCAGUACGCGUGGUCGGAGUUGUGGGCAUCGGCCAUGCCAAUGGCAUUGCCAAGAUGUGGGGCACCGUGGACCCCAAGAAGAUUCCGGCCAUUCUCGAAAUUCCACCGGCCAGCAUAGGCCAGCGCGUCUGCAAGUAUACGCUAAAGUACGGCCUGAUUGGCCUGGGAUGCUACGGUGCCUUCCGCUUUUUCCGGCCCCGCCUGACCCGAUUCUUUUAGUUGGAUUGUGGACCAAGUAUGAGGCGACUGUCUGCUACGUUGUUGAUUUUAUUUUUUAGUAACUAACGAACCCCUGCGCUGAUUUACACAUUUAAGCGUACGCAGAUGAAGCGAAUUAGUUGUAUUGUAUUUUAUUGUACAAUAAUGUUUUGAUAGACUCGUUUAUAUACGAAAUAUAUCCAUGGAUGUAUACACCUGCGUACACAGAUACUACCAAACACAAACAGAAAAGACCAUUACACAUAAUCUUAGUUAUAAAAGUCAAAAAUUCCUAGAAAUCAAAAAAUGUCAGAAUGUAAGAAAUCGGUAUAUCGAAAAGGUUAUCAUUGUUUCCAAAACAUUUUUGAAUUUUUCAGUUUUAAAAUGUGUUAUUUACAAACAAAGAAACUAUCACAGUUCGAAUAAGCUUUGAUCUAGAUUUCAAAAAGUAAUAAAUUGUAGCUAACCUAUUCGCGGGUUUUAUCACAUUGUUAUUGUCCACCUGAUUGUUAACCCAACAGAACCACAUUGUAUAUGAAACUUAGUUUUGGAUAGUUAGGGCAUCGUAUUCCAUGUUGUAUGUAAAAGGUUUCCUAGCAGGCCUGGCUUGUGUUAGGCUCGAGAAUGCAAUGUAAAUUCCAAGAACUCAACUACAUAUAGAACCCGCCUCCGCAUUCGCAUUACAUUAUCUUCCACUCCUAAUCAUAGAUGUUGUUCAUUCCGUAGCGAAAAUCUAAACGUUAGCUAGUACUGUUCUGAAUAGAGGGAAUACGUGAUGGUCCUUCCAAUGGCCGUGUGUUAUAAAUGUAUAACUAAUGCUAAAUGCUAAACAAAGAGGAAUUUUACAAAACGAAAACCGAAACAUACCAACCCAAUAUGUACUUUAUUACCUAUACUAUAUACCAUACUAUAUCUGAGCGUUGUAAACGUAACAAAAAAAAUGUUUUAGAAAUACGAAUACCAAGCGAACUAUAAGCAGUCUGUAUGUAUUUUGACGCAUGAUUAUUAGCUGCGUAGAUUUGCUAAUCCGUAAAUGGUGUUAUGUAGCAUUUAGAAUAGAACCAACCACCCGAAGCAAACGAGCCUUGUUUGUAACUGACUCAAAUAAAUGUACUAUAUGUAUUCCAGUCGAUAAAA